UUGCAAUAUGGCAAUGUCAACUUCAAAGCUGGAGAUGAGCUUGGACCAGAUCAUUGAUGCUCAAAAGCGUAAGGGCCAAACUGCCGGAAAGAAGCCGAUGGGUGGAAACGUUGGUGCGCGUAAAGUUUUUGCGAAGAAGCGCCAACAAAACAACCGUGUUUCGAAAUUCAAGCGAAAUUCUCGUGGCCUUGGUCGAGUUGCUCGUUUUGGGAACAAAAAGAAGCUGACAACAGGUCCUAUGCAGAAAAGAAUUGUGGUUGAUAAGCGCCAGACUUUUGCGAAUGUUAAAAAUGCUAGAAUUCAGAAGAAUAGAAAUAUGAUGAAGGUUACUAAAAAUUUGGUCAGGAAGCUUGUCAAGAAAGCGAUUGCUCAGAAUUUGACUACCGUUCCUGUCAGUGUUCGUCCUAGUAGAAGGCAAAUGCGUGUUCGUGCAAAUCGUCUUCGCCAAAAGAACAUUCUCAGCCGUGUCAAUGUUCAAUCUCGAAUAAUUGGUCGACGCCGUAUAAUUGCAAAUAAUUCUCCUAUUAUGGCAACGCGACGUGUUAAAACUGAUAGAGGGCCAAUUCGUUUUAAUACUCAAGUGCCGGCUUUUCAGCAUGUUGUUUCAUUACCUCCACGCAUCGUUUCUGCUAAACCACAAAAAAUUGUACUUCAACCUCAAACGUCAUCGCUUUUUACUACGCCCCGUCGUCAGCAAAUAAGCUUUAAUGGUCAAAGCGGCAGUCAAGGAUCAUCAGUUCGUGCCCAGAUUAAUGCAAUGCGUCGUGCUAGUCGUGUUCAACAACUUCAGAAUCAAUUUGCUAAACAACAGCAGCCGACUCAGAAUUUUAUUGUUCAACAGCCAAGUGCUGGACGUCGUGUGCAACAGGUUAUCUUGAGCCGACCACAACGCAGAACUCAAUAUAUUCUCGUUCAGCAGCAAAAUCGUGGUCAGAAAUUUGGUCAGAUUCAGAACAACAAUUCGAAACGCUUUGUUCGUCGACAGCAAUUCUUCGGCAGAAUGCGUGGGCAGAAUCGUGGACAGAAGUUUUCGGUCGUUGAUACAUUCUAUGAGCCACCGAAUUUUCUUCAACGAAUUUAA